AUGCCGAAACCUCAAUAUUCCCAAAAAUUUAGGGAUUCUUGGCUUCAAGAUCCCGAUUUCAAAGAAUGGCUUCAAGCAGUUGAAAGUACCACUGGCCAAGUAGCAAAAUGCAAGUUUUGUGGAACGAUAUUAAGAAGUCACUACGGAGAUUUAAAAACACAUGCUCUUUUGAAAAAGCACCAACAAAAUAGAAAGGUUAUCACCAAACAACCUAAGCUGACAUUCAAAAUGGAGUCUACUGAUAAUAAAAAGAAAGAUAAAGCCAGAGUUGCAUUAUUUACAGCAAUGCAUACAAAACUUUUUUCAGUUAGCUCCGCGCUCUACUGCAAUCCGGACGUGUGUCAGUCAGUGCAUUCGUGUUUGCUGCGAUCGCCUAGUGACUCAUCGUGUACAUACGAUUACGAAUAG